GGCGUAAAUUAAAUGAUAAGUACAUAAAUAUUAAAAUUACGUUUCUGUAACAUAUAAUGUAACUUUCAUCAGAAAAAACCAUCACAUUAUGCAUUAAGUUGCAAUUUGCAUGAGCAAAAUACUCCUCUAAGAUUUUGAGAAAUAUUAUACAAUUAUAUUUGGAUUAUUUGAUCAAAAAUGAAUAACAAAUGUAUUUGCUCAAAAUGUUAUCAUCCACUCGUUAAUGUCGAAUCUCCAUAUAGCGAGGUAUCUCAAGAAAUUGGUGAUACUCGUAUAUCCAUUAAAGUGGCUAAAGAUACUUCCUCGAUCAAAUCGGUCAAAAGUUGUUUAACAAAGUCUUCUAACAUUGACAUUAAUUGUGCGGAUGCAUACGGUAGAAAAUGUCGAGAAGGUUGCACUAGAGUGAAUAUUAUUUCUAACGAUGAACCACCUCCGAAGGGUCCAGACGAAAAAAUGUUUUUAUUAAAAUCAAUAAGACAAAUCAUGCCCAACGAUGAUUUGAAAAAUGGCCUUGAACUUGAGUUUAAAUUACCACGAAAUUAUCUACCUUUACGUAAGUUUGAUUCACCUCCAAGAAUAAUAAUCCCAAAUGCUUUUGCUGAAACUGAAAUAAAGAAACCCAAAAAGAAAACUAAAAGUGAGAAGAAAAAGGGGACAAAGUAACAAUACUUGCAAAUUUUAUGGGAUACGUAUAUAUAAGUGUAUUAUGUCAAAAUAUAAAGCUUGGCAACGAUAACGAUAAAUAAGUGUAUAUAUUCUUGCACUUUUUAAAAAUAAAAAUAAUAAUAAAAGAAAAAACAAAAUAAUCUUAAUAAAA